AUGCAGGUCUCAGAAGAAAACCCGUCAGCACCGGCGAACUCCCCGUCAGUCGACGCCUAUAUCCUAACUGGGCCUAGUCUUGGCCCCGAUCCUGGCCCUGACGGUCAGCCCUCGGGUUCUAUCAAUAAUUCCAAUAAUGAAUGCAAGUCGAAUGUGCCAAUCUUUCAUGGCACCACCAGUCACCCUGAUUCCCACCCUGAUUCCCCGCACCCCACACAAGCGGAAACUCAGAUUGACCAGGCUAUAUCAUCAACCGGGGCUGGCCCAGUUAGAAGACUCUCUGCCUCCUCAUCCAAGAUGUUGUUCUCAGAUUUGUAUAAGUCAACCAAAUCUCCUCUUUCGAGGUUACGGCAUCACUCACAUCCAGCCCCUGUGGCUCUGGAUUAUGAUCCCGAUCUCGUGAGUCGAGAUAAAGCUAAGCAGAAAGAAGCUAUUAAGCGCGUCCUCGCGGCUAAGAUACGAAAUGAUUGGCACUUCGAAUGGCCGCCUGCAGCUAUCAAUCCAGACCCGGGACAUGCUGAAACAGAAACGGCACCUGGGAGGUAUGAUGACGAUAUUGUCGUAGAAGAUAUCGAUUCAGGAGACGACAUUGCUUCAGUGUAUAGCACCGUGUCAGAGGAUCUUACUCAUUUUCGCCCCAGGUCUGAGUGGCUAUCGGACAUGCCCGAUGACGACGACGACGAUAUUCCCGUAUCACCAUCGGCAUAUCGGUUUGAUACUCCAGAUGCGGUUGGCACCUCGGUGAAGGUAGCAGCCCUCGCUAAGAGCGCUAAACGGAGGAGGGCAGUGCGUUCUGAAAUGGAAUGGAAUGAUGGGCUUGCUUGCUUCAAUGCUCGACGAGACGCCUGGACGGGUGCCAAAGCAGCUCGAAUCCGUCCAAAGGCGACUUCCCCAGCGGUUACCUCUCCUGCCGCAAAGCGCCUUUCUUGGUGGCAUAUCUCGACUUCACCAUCGCCCUCAUCGCCUACGGAAUCGAUUGGUGCCAGUACAACGCUUAGUCCCAGUGCGACGCGUACAUCUGGCGACACUACUGCGGUGUCUUCAUCGGAUGCGGAAUUUAGAGAGACGAGGACCAGAGAUGACUCGUCUACUUAUCCAGUAGAGACCCUGGUUCCCAUACCCCAACCUCUUUUGCCUUCUGCCACUCCUAUGCGUGCCUCCAUUACCGUGGCCGCGUAUCCUACUAUUUACGAUAAGAUCGUAGUUCAAUCUGCAACGCCCUCGUGUCCUGUUAACCUAGGAGACGUGGUACGUUCCUGCGUGGCCGGUUGGAAACGAGAUGGCGAGUGGCCCCCUCGAGGUACCGAUCCUCCACCCGUCGUAGCAGUUCGUAGGAAGAAGGACAGCGGCGUGGGAGGCAGGAACAACGCACCGAAAAACAACGCGUCCAAGAGGAUGAGCUUUAGUUUUCUAGGACGAAGACAGAGUGUAGGUGGGGACCAGAAUAACCUAGCAGAAAGUACAUCGCAUCCAGAGAAAGAAGAUGUUAGCCAUACAACUGGUAAGGCUUUUAGGAAAGGAUUACAGCGCGUGUUAGGUCUUGGGCACGAGAGAACAUCGAGCAAUGCUAGCAAUCAAGCGAGUAUUGCUAUGUGA